CGUUGGCUUACUGUUUUUUUUUCGCAGUUUCGGACGGAGAGAAAGCCUGGGGGACAGUGAUGGGUCAGGAAGCUGGCAAGCCAGCCUGGCCCAAACCACCUGCUGGACAUCAGACAAUCACAGGAAGGCGAUACGGCAGGAGGCAUGCAUACGUUAGCUUCCGUCCAACCUCUGCCAAGCACAGGAACCCAGCCAGCGUGGAGGAUUGGCCCGAUAUGGAAAUGGACGGUGUCCGUAGAGCGCAUUCCAUAUCUUCAAAAGGAAACAUCUCCUCGAUGCUUCACGCCAUCUUUCCUGUCUCAUCGAAUUCGGUUCACCCAGAGGUGAACAUCAAAUCUGGCAAAGAUCCUCCCCACAAGAAACAGUCAACUUCUAGGCAGUCAUCGGAAGCCCACUCCAUCCACUACAAAAAGAGUGACCAACCUGUAGCCUCAGACCAGGACCAAAAUGGUGGCUCGAAGAAAAGUGCAGAAGCUAGUGCAUGGCCUAUCCCCGAGGACGAGGACAGCAACCCUUCUAAUUCCAGCAUAUUGAGCAUUGUAAAUAUUGAUGCUUACGAGCCGGACAGUAGUGGCGGCGAGGAGGAGGGGGGACAGGGUUCCGACGCAUCUCACGGUCUCCAGAAAAGACUGGAUGACAUGAUCUUCGAGCUGGGUAAAGAGUUUGACUAUCUCAGCGGUUUGCACUCGUAUUUGUACACACAAUCUAGUGAAGGGACGACAGACUGUUCCCUCAGAGACACUGAGUCAGUGAAAGAUUCUAGAACAGAUCCUAGAUCAGAUUCUAACACAGAAGAAAUCCCUCCUGAGUGGAAUAUAUCAGAACACAACAGGACAGAUCACCUGGAAAUCAGCACUGAGUUCCGAACACCAGAGGACCUAGCAACUGUUGGCCCCAAAAAUCCUGCUGAGUUGGGGAACGACGACCAGAGUGGGACCCAGUCAGAGAUGGUGGUUAGGCCCAAAAUUCGCAAGCAGACUAGUGAAACACACCUGGAGAAGUGGAAGAGUUCUCAUGGCGAGGAGGCACACUGUGGCUCAGCCAAACAGGUCAGCAAGAUCAAGUGUGUGUCCGCACCACCAUUCUUCCUGACACAAACGGAGAGGCCAAACCAGGAGUUUCUCUUUGAUUACCCUCCGACUGAUUCAUAUGGGCUUAGCCCUAUAGAGAGGAGGGGUGAAUAUGGAGAAGCUUGUAGCAAAUGUAUUUCUGAUGAUGAAAAGGACAUCUGGGAAGAGCUGGAGGACUUCAAUGAGACCGGUGUUCCUUUCAUGAAGGCUGAGGAAAGCUCGGAGUGCAGCGAGGGGGAGUGGUCAGCCUUGUGGACCUCGGACUCUGGCCUGGAGAAGGAGCGUGGCUCCAGUCAGGAGAGCUGGGUGACGCUGCCCGGCCUGGAUGAACUGCACAGCAGCAGUCUUGAGGACGUCCCCGAGCUCAGCCUGCCCCCUGAGGAGCCGACCCCUCUGGAGGAGGGAGAGAUACCGUGGUUGAUGUACAAUGAGGAGACGGGCAGCAGUAGUGACGAAGACCCAGAUGGCAUGAGUCACUUUGUCCACCCGGGCCUCUUCAUCCUGGAUGGGAACAACAACCUGGAGGAUGACUCCAGCUUGAGUGAGGACCUAGACGCUGAGUGGAGGUUGCUAGAUGACUUUGGAGAGGGCUUUGGGAUGGCCCAGGCUAUCUCCUAUGUGGAUCCUCAGCUCCUCACAUACAUGGCUCUUGAAGAGCGUCUGGCCCAAGCUAUGGAGGCAGCUCUAGCCCACCUGGAGUCCCUGGCCAUUGAUGUGGAGCAGGCCCACCCUCCGGCUACAGAACAGAUUAUAGAGUGUCUGCCUCAGAUCACCAUAUUGGAGGACCCCACUGGUCAGGAACAUUGCUGUGCCAUCUGCUGUGGUGAGUACGUCAAAGACGAGAUUGCAACCCAGCUGCCGUGCCACCACAUGUUCCACAAGAUCUGCGUGACUCUCUGGCUCCAAAAGUCUGGGACUUGCCCUGUCUGUCGUCACAUACUGUCGCCUGUUGUCAUGGAUACCACUGCUAACACCUCGUUUGUGUCGGAUCAGGACAUCCCACCGUCCAAUCACAGCGCAGCCGGAAUGCGGUGAAUCCACUGGAUACCAAUCAACAGCCAGAAAAGAGGCCUGUAACGCUUCAAUGAAAAAUAAUUAUUAUUACUUUUUCUUUCAUUGUCGCUCUCUGCAAUGUAACUCUAUGAAUUAGUUCUGCACAUGUAAACAAGUUCAAGAUCUAUGUCUGAGAGACAGUUCAGGCUUAUUUUCUGAGAAAAUAUUAUCUGUAUAAUGUCAAGUCUUUGUUACGAAUGUAUGUUUUAAUGAAGGAUAUGAAAUUAGGAAAUUGCAAUUUUUGUUUAUCCUAGAUUUUCGUUAAAGCAUUUAAGAUUUUACUUGCACAUUUUUUUAAUACAGAUGAAAGCAUUGCUUAUGUCCCUCACAUUGUACUAACUUCAAAAUAAUUUUGGUUCCCAUGUUCAAUAAAGUCUGUAGUGUGGGUAAGUCUUGAACUAUCAAAA